AUGGCCCUGGAUAAAAUGGCAGAUGUGAGUCUGAAACAGACAGUACCCCGAGUUGAGGUAGGUGAAGUGGAAGGUAUUCCCUUCACAAAACAAAUAUGCAGCACAUGGGACCAAGUGUGGAAGUUCAAAGCCAGACCUGACGAUCUGCUCAUCGCAACCUAUACAAAAGCAGGUACUACAUGGACACAGGAGAUAGUGGAUAUGAUUCAACAAAAUGGAGAUGUUGAGAAGUGUAGACGUGCCACUACUUACAGACGCCAUCCUUUCCUUGAGUGGUCUAUCCAAGAGCCUCCAGCUGAGAGCUACUCAGGCCUGGAGUUAGCUGAAGCUAUGCCUUCUCCACGAACACUGAAAACUCAUCUCCCUGUGCAGCUGGUGCCUCCCUCCUUCUGGGAACAAAACUGUAAGAUAAUCUAUGUGGCAAGAAAUGCAAAGGACAACCUGGUGUCAUACUACCAUUUCCACAGAAUGAGUAAAGGAAUGCCUGACCCAGUAACCUGGGAAGAGUUCAUGGAAAAAUUCAUGACCGGAAAAGUGCUCUGGGGUUCCUGGUAUGAUCAUGUAAAAGGAUGGUGGAAGGCAAAAGAUAAGCACCGUAUUCUCUACCUCUUCUAUGAAGACAUGAAGGAGAAUCCAAAGCAAGAAAUUCAGAAGAUUCUGAAGUUCCUGGAGAAGGACGUGAAUGAGGAAGUUCUAAACAAGAUACUCCAUAACACCUCAUUUGAGAUAAUGAAGGAAAAUCCCAUGACAAACUACACUACUGAGUUUCGGGGCAUAAUGGAUCACUCCAUUUCCCCAUUCAUGAGAAAAGGGGUUGUUGGGGACUGGAAGAAUCAUUUCACUGUGGCACAGAAUGAGAAAUUUGAUGAAGAUUAUAAGAAGAAAAUGGCUGAUACCUCUCUCGUUUUUCGCAUGGAAUUGUGA